AUGGCCCCCGCACCGUCGUACUCCCUAGGAUCACUGGCCAACUUUGACUCGUAUGACGAGACACCGCACAUCGGCACUCGCUUCCCUUCCGCAUCCACUCAGCUAUCAACAUUCCUCACAGCGCCGAAUUCUCGAGAGCUCGUCAAAGAUCUAGGCACGCUCGUGUCGCAUCGCGGCGUUGUCUUCUUCUCCAAUCAGGAUAUCACCCUCGCACAGCAGAAAGAACUCGCAAGGUUGCUGGGAGAAGCCGGCGGGAAGCCCAAGGAAAGCGGUUUACACAAGCACCCGGUCCAUGAAGCUACCGAUGAACUCGGCGAUGAUACGUUGGUGAUCACCUCUGAAAGGGCUUCCUACCAAGAAGGUCGUGCGAGUAGGCAGUGGCAUACUGACAUCACUUUCGAACCCAUUCCGUCGGACUAUGCGAUUCUGAAAUUGCAUACUCUUCCCCGAGUGGGCGGCGACACCCUCUGGGCCAGUGGAUACGAGGCAUAUGACCGGCUGUCGCCCAAGAUGCGCAGCUUCCUCGAGGGACUGACCGCAAUCCAUGACGGCUCCUUCUUCCAUAAGGUAGGGAUCAAGAUUGUUGACAACCGAGGGCACAUCGAGAACUCCGGGGAGGGCCUUACCGCUGUGCACCCGGUAAUCCGAACUCAUCCGGUCACGGGAUAUAAGUCGCUCUUCGUGAACAAAGUAUUUACUAAGAAGAUCGUAGAGCUCAACCAGGAUGAAUCUGAUGCACUGCUUGAUUACUUGACCCGCCAUGUGUCGGAUAAUCAUGAUCUCCAGGUGCGCUUCCGCUGGACCCAGAACGACGUUGCUAUCUGGGACAAUCGAUGCACGUUUCACACCGCUACGCGUGACUACGGUCGUGAACUCCGCGUCGGAAACCGCGUUUUGAGUAUCGGCGAGCGACCUUACUUCGAUCCGAACUCAAAAUCCAGGCGAGAGGCGCUGGGAGGACUCUUGUAA